AUGGUUCAUUCGCCAACCUAUGUGACGUUUUUCGCGGUGUCGCCGACGGCUUGUCUGAAAAUGGAGGCCUCUCAGCUACCACUGAAAAGUUUUGUCCAGUUGCCAUGUGGUGGAAUCGGAAUCGAUUCGGACACCUACUUCAACGAUGCUACCACACAAACGGCUGCCCGCGUUGCAGCCGGCUCACUUAUCGAAUUAGCGUCU